GUCCGGAGUAGGGGUAGCCGCGGUAUAGCUUGCGGGCGUGAAAUUGACUGACGGACACGGCGGCCUUGGUGGCGGUGAGGAGGACGUGGCUCCAAGAUUUAAAGAACCCUUUUGCGGAAGGAACGUAUUCACUCAUACGGUUUCAGAAUGUCGAGUACUGUGUCCUACUGGAUUCUCAGUUCUACAAGGAAGACCAUUGCCACAUUACAGGGGGGACAACGUUUAUAUUCAAAGUAUGCCUCAAAUAGGAUUAAAUCAAAAGGGAGACUCUUUCCCCAGGGGCCAGCCACCCUAAAAGACCAUGCCGCUGCAUGUGGUGGCGUUGCUCUGCAGAAAGCCUACAGACACACAUCAACGGAGGAAGAGGACUUCCACUUGCAGCUCAGCCCGGAGCAGGUAAAUGAAGUGCUGAGAGCUGGUGAGUCGGCCCAUAAGAUUCUUGACCUUGUCAGCAGAGCUCCAGAUUCAGUGUUACGAUUUGAGAGCAACCAGCUAGCUGCCAAUUCCCCAGUGGAGGACCGGGGAGGUAUAGCUGCCUGCCUGCAGACCAGUGGACUGCUGUUUGGCAUCUUCGAUGGACAUGGUGGCCACGCAUGUGCUCAAGCAGUGAGCGAGAGGCUCUUCUACUAUGUGGCUGUGUCACUAAUGUCCCAGCAGACUCUGGAGCAAAUGGAGGAGGCCAUGGAAAGCAUGAAGCCCCUGCUGCCCAUCCUUCAGUGGCUCAAGCACCCAGGGGACAGUAUCUACAAGGAUGUCACGUCAGUGCACCUUGAUCACCUCCGCGUCUACUGGCAGGAGCUGCUGAACCUGCAGAUGGAAAUGGGGCUGAACACUGAGGAAGCAUUAAUGUACUCCUUCCAGAGACUGGAUUCUGACAUCUCGCUAGAGAUCCAGGCUCCCCUUGAAGAUGAGAUGACCAGGAACCUUUCACUCCAGGUUGCUUUCUCAGGGGCAACGGCUUGCCUGGCCCACAUUGAUGGGGUUCACUUGCACGUGGCAAACGCUGGUGACUGCCGGGCCAUCCUUGGUGUCCAGGAAGACAACGGCAUGUGGUCUUGUCUGCCCCUCACCCAGGACCACAAUGCCUGGAACCCAGCCGAGCUGUCACGGCUGAAGAGGGAGCAUCCUGAGUCCGAGGACAGGACGGUCAUCAUGGAAAACAGGCUGCUGGGAGUCCUCAUGCCCUGCAGGGCCUUUGGGGACGUCCAGCUGAAGUGGAGUAAAGAGCUGCAGCGUGGUGUCCUGCAGCGGGGCUUCGACACCGAGGCCCUCAACAUCUACCAGUUCACCCCCCCGCACUACUACACCCCACCUUACCUGACGGCCAGGCCAGAGGUCACCUACCACAGGCUGAGGCCACAGGAUAAGUUCCUCGUGCUGGCCUCUGAUGGCCUGUGGGACGUGCUGGGCAACGAGGAUGUGGUGAGGCUGGUGGUGGAGCACCUGGCUGAAGAGGGUCAGCACAAGCCAGACCUGGCCCAGAGACCCACCAACCUGGGACUCAUGCAGAGCCUGCUGCAGCAGAGGAAAGCCCAGGGGCUCCAUGCAGCGGACCAAAACGCAGCCACACGUCUGAUCAGAUACGCCAUAGGAAACAACGAAUACGGGGAGAUGGAGCCUGAGCGGCUGUCGGCGAUGCUGACGUUGCCGGAGGACUUGGCAAGGAUGUACAGGGAUGACAUCACAGUCACCGUGGUGUAUUUCAACUCAGACUCAAUUGGUGCGUCUUCCAAGGGGAGUUAAGAGUCUCCCACCCUGUUGUCAAGGUUAACUUCAGUGUUCUUCUGAGACAUUUUCCCUUACUCGGAACCUGGUUCUUUACACGCUAUGGUUGAAGGGCAGGUGGAUCGAUGCAGCUUGCUUAAUUAUAGACUAAUGUGAGGAGAAAACAGCCUUGGAUUAAAAACAAAUCUAGUGAUUUUAUGUGCCUGCGUGUUUUGGUCACCUCUUCUACGCAGAGAGGGUGGAGCACAGAGACGAUCGACUUAUCUUGGGCUCGUGUAACCCAAGUCCUUUUAUAAAGACACUGUUAAAACUGUCAGCCUGAGCCUGGAAAGGGUAAAUUUAAUUAUGGUUCUAAGAAUAUGAAGAAGUCCAGGAUCUUCUGCGCUCUUGCUGCAAAAUCUGGAGACUUGGUAAUUCUGUGUGUAAUCAUGGACUGCUACACUAUGAAGGGAAGUUUUUGUUUUUUAUUCUGAAGUUACUAAGGACCUAGGUUUACAAAGCAUA